CUUUUUGCUUGUGAGUUGGGACCCAAUUGUUUGGGUCACCGAUAAACAUGGUCGAAUGUUGUCGGCUGCCUGUUUGUUCAACACCAAUUGACUUCUCGUCCCUAAAAUCCCCAACUCUUAAGCCUAGGUUUUCUCGUUAAUUUCUCUACAUUCUGACUCGUUGAUUUUGUUGACAUGGCCGGAAUCAGGUUUCCUACGGAGGACUCCGACGUCUCGCAGGCCGCGCGGCAGGUGGCCGCCGUCGAUCUGAUCUCCGACGAUGACCGCUCCGUCGCUGCAGACUCUUGGUCCAUCAAGAGUGACUAUGGCAGCACACUCGACGACGAUCAGCGUCAGGCUGACGCCGCUGAGGCCCUCUCCGCCUCGGCUAACCCUGCCCCCUCAGACUACAGCUCUGACAAGGAGGAACAUGAUUCCGAGGCUGCUUCGUCAAUGCUGGGUUUCCUGAGUUAUUGGGAUGCUACAUAUGCAGAUGAAUUGACGAAUUUCCGGGAACAUGGCCAUGCCGGUGAAGUUUGGUUUGGUGCUGAUGUGAUGGAAACUGUUGCCAUCUGGACCAAAAAUUUAUGUCUUGAAAUUUCGCACCGUCACUUUCCAAACAAUUCAGUUAAUACCAAUUGUUUGGCUUCUGGGCAGCCUGAAAAAGAUUUGUCCUCAUGGAGUGUUCUGGAUAUUGGGACUGGUAAUGGUUUGCUUCUUCAGGAGCUCAGUAAGCAGGGGUUCUCAGAUCUCACCGGAACUGAUUACAGUGAAGGAGCAAUCGACUUAGCUCGAAACCUUGCUGAGCGUGAUGGAUUAUCUAGUAUUAAAUUCCUUGUUGACGAUAUUCUCGAGACAAGACUCGAUCGCAAGUUUCAGCUGGUCACUGAUAAGGGGACUCUGGAUGCAAUUGGAUUACAUCCUGAUGGUCCUCUCAAAAGGAUAAUGUAUUGGGAUUCGGUGUCAGAGAUUGUUUCUCCUGGUGGAAUUUUGGUUAUUACAUCAUGCAAUAGCACUAAAGACGAGUUAAUACAGGAGAUGGAGGCUUUCAACCAAAGGAGGAUUGCUGCCUCUCAAGGCAGGGGUCCCACAUUCCAAUACAUUGAUCACGUUCGCACAUAUCCGACUUUCACGUUUGGGGGUUCGGUUGGAUCACGUGUUGCGACUGUGGCGUUUCUAAGAAAGUGAAGUUUCGUCUCAUAUGUCUUUCAAAUGGUUUGUUGUAUUCUUGGGUGAUCUUGGAUUUAUUUUGAGCGGUCUGUUUGGUAUUGGUCUAGUAAAUGUGCAAUCGGACUUGUAUUUUCAUUUCAGAGAUAUUGGUCACUUAUUUUGGUAACAUGGCUGAGGGCUGAAAAAGGAACUGGGCAAAUUGUGUAUACUGGGCUAGUUCUGACUUGUUGUACCCAAAAUUUGCAGGCUGUUGUACAAUCCCAUGAAAUGCAAUUUGGACUUCAUUUGUUAUUAGUACUGAAUUAGUAGCUAGUGGGUGGAUGAAUUAUACUGGUUCAAUAAUAUAUAAAUUUUAUUUUCAUGGUAUUUUUAAUGCCACGAUACAUUUAAAAUACAAAAACAUCUUUUAAAAAACAAGUAGGUAAUAAAUACUCCCGUACAUCGCAUGAGUAAUAUUAAAUGAGUUUGGAAUAAUCUAAAAUAGUAACUUUGACUU